UAAAAAAAGAAACAGAAAUACCCAAAAAAAGAUGAAGUAAUGGAAAAAGAAAAGAGAAGAGAAGAGAGGAAGAAACAGAGAAACAAUGGAGAUUUCUCCUUACUGUUUGCUUUCCCUUCUUCCCAUUUUCCUCCUCUCUGGUUUCUCCCUCUCAUAUGAUGAAUUUGAUGGUCACGCAGCCACAAGCAGAGCUCUUCUUCAGACAAGGACAACGUGCAAAGAAGAUUUCGCAAGCAAGAACUACACAAUCAUAACAAGCAGAUGCAAAGGACCAAAUUAUCCGGCAAAUGUGUGUUGCUCCGCCUUCAAGGAUUUUGCUUGCCCUUUUGCAGAAGUUCUUAACGACGAAAAGAACGAUUGUGCCUCCACAAUGUUCAGCUACAUCAACCUUUACGGUCGUUAUCCUCCUGGAAUCUUUGCCAACAUGUGUAAAGAAGGCAAAGAAGGUCUUGACUGCACUAAUGUCACCCAGUCCGCAUCCGCUACUUCUGAUUCUAUCCCCCGAGCCUCCACAACUGCAUCUCUCGCGGUUCUUUCUACCUUCAUCGUUCCCUGUCUUUUGUUCUUGUCGUUGUGAAGUCUUAAUAACACAUCUCAGAACAU